CAACCCAAUGUUGAGAGGGGAACCCCUAGAAUUGUGAAUGCCUUUACCUUUUUUUUAUAUUCAAAGCAAUUUGGAUCAUUGGUUCCCAAGUUCAUUUCACCGGAAACGAUAAUCAAUGACAGACUGAAAUCUUUUAAUGACGAACAAUUGCUCUCAGAAAAGUAUUUAUAUUCUAAUCUGAAAAAACUGCGGUUUUCGAUGCCAUACUCACAUGGACAUGUUCAAGUCCUUUAGGGCAAAACGGUAAAUUCACGAACCGAUUCGAUUGCUGUAAUGAACCGAUUUCAAAAUCUAAAUACCUUUUCUUUUUCAUAUUUAUCGCCAACGGCCGAAUUGUAUUUUUGAGUAAAUUUUUCAUCUGAGAGAGAGAGAGAGAGAGAUGCGGAAGAGGAAAGAGAGACCGGAAAUCUCUAAAACCAUGGCUGUAGCAGAGGAGGAGAAGGAAGACGAUGAAGAUGAAGAAGAAGAAGAAGGGAGCAACGAAGUGAAUGGCUUCUUUUCGUGCUAUCUCUUGGCCUCUGCUUGCCCUCGUUACAAAGGCCAUACCUAUAUCGGAUUCACGGUGAACCCGAAACGCAGAAUCAGACAGCACAAUGGUGAAAUUAGAUGCGGUGCGUGGCGUACUAAGAGGAAGAGACCUUGGGAGAUGGUCUUGUGCAUUUAUGGCUUCCCCACUAAUGUCUCUGCUCUUCAGUUUGAAUGGGCGUGGCAGCAUCCUAAUGAGUCAUUGGCUGUAAGAAGUGCUGCUGCAACUUUCAAGUCUCUCUCUGGAGUUGCUAACAAAGUUAAACUUGCAUACACAAUGCUCACACUUCCUGCUUGGUGUAGUUUGAAUAUAACUGUAAACUACUUCUCAACAAAGUACAUGAAGAAUGCGGCUGGUUGCCCGAGUUUGCCAAAGCAUAUGAAGGUCCAAGUUUCCCCCAUCAAUGAGCUUCCAUGCUAUUCCGAAGGAGAUCAAUGUGUACUUGAAAACGAAGAUGAUUGGGAGUAUAAUAGAGAAUGUGAAGAAAUUUGUAGUUUUCGAGUAUAUGGAUCAAUGAAAGAAGUUUCAAAUGAAGUUCCUCAAAAGUUAAUGGAUCAUCAGGCUAGUACAGAUGGAAGACCUCGUGAAUUGCAUGGAUGCGAUAAAGAAUUUGAGAAUAAUGAACAAGUGCCACCUUCUUCAUGUAAUCCGUCUUAUAUUGAUGCAGGUAUGUCAUAUGACUUGCAUGGAUGUGAUGAAGAACUCGAGGAGGAUGAACGAGAGCCAGCUUCAUGUGCUCCGUCUUGUAUUGUAACAGAUAUAUCUAGGACUGAAAUUAUCAUUGAUGAUGGAGAUGAAGACCAAAUAGAAGGGACUGGUAUGAACUUGGAACAGCAACUUUGUAGGAAGAAUUUAUCAUCAGGAAUAGCUUCUGAAAUCAGCAAAGUUUCAAGGUGUAAUAUUGAGCUUCCUCCUGUUGAGUAUGAGGUUAUAGAUGUGUCUACCCCGUCUCCCGACUGCCGAACGAAUUCGCAUAGAGUCAAGAGAAAAGUUACUUCUGGUAGGUCUGAGAUCAUUGAUUUGACUAAAUCUCCUACGUUUAUCCAAUUGUAGAACGGCAGAUGAAUUUGGAUUCCGCAUAUAAUAUAGGUCGGUUUCAAAUGACUUUUCAAGUGCUUGAAAGGUGCAUUUUGCCGUGAGGAUGUAGUAUUUGUGUACUGCUGCAGAUAGCAUUUUCUCAACCCUUUCAGAGGCAACGUGGGCUCAAAUUUGGUUGACAAAAUAUAGAGGGGAAUGUUGUCAAGUUAUAUAUUCUAUCAAAAGCCAUUUUAAAGGGAAUCAAGUGUGAAUAAGGCUUGUGUACUAGAAGAGAACGUGGUAUCAAUUAACUUGUUCCAAACGAUCAAGUACAGUCAUUUGAAUAACAAUGACGACAUUUAAUUUGAA